ACAUGGCUCUUAAGGUCGGGUUGUAAUGGAUUUGGUUGGGUUCAUUCUUUACCAGAGGGGGGAAGUCAUUAAUCACGUCUACAUCCGGUAGUACUCGCUAUUUUUACGGGUGUUUUUCAUUACAUGACCUCUUUGACAGCUGGUGUUGCUUCCCUUGUACGGUACUAAUAAAAGAAAGACACCGUCACGGUGGUGAAUGAGAAGAGGGCACAGCCACCAUCACACAACAUCUAGCAAAUACUUCAUGGAGGUCUGAGAUCUCCGAAUUCUUGUUUUGUACUGCCCAGAGAAGAGACUACAUCGGUGACAUCGGAUCAAACGCAAAGGGGAGAGUUAUCGAGAGAGAUCUCUGCCCGCACCGGAGGCAUAACACACGACAAGCGGAGAGGACGGAGUUCGGCACCGCUGGCGAUUCUGGGGGAAGAAGAGAGAGUACGGGACUCGUCAGGACACUCAUAUUCACCGUUUUGGUCACUUGUCAUCUCCUGAACACCAUGCAGCAGCCCGGCACCACACUCCGGCACGCCACCCUGGUGCUCCUCGCCCUGUGCAUCGCCGUCACCCUCGCACACGUCCGGGCAGACGCCGCAGACGACACCGCCGCGUUGUUCAACAGCAGGGUCGCGAGAGACGUCGACAAGGCCACGAAAGCAAAGUUGAAACACAUCAUUCCGUUGCGGUUUGGGAAGAAAUGGGCGGGCGGCUACGAGGAUACACCGGCGGCGGGGAUGCUUCGGUCGGCGUACGGCGGCGGCAAGCCAAGCGAAGACGGCGCGGAGCAAAGCCACAGCCACCGCGUCCACUCUAAAGCUCUACCACUAAUUCAGCUGCUCCAGUACGCGAUCCAACUCAUGGAGGAGGUCAUACAAGGCUUGGAUAUGGAACAAGGAGACAUGCCAUGAAACAACAGACGUCUCUCACCGCGACUAAAGCACACGCGAAAGAUAAAACAAAGGACGUCAGUCACUCUCCUUGCACAUAGAAAUGUUUCUCGAUAUUGUAGAAAAGAAUUUUAGAUUCGCAUUCCGUAAAAACACUUUUCCGCUACAUAUGCAGGACAUAACCAUGGUAAAAAAAACAAAAGACAGUUCGUGGAAGAUGUGAUGAGUACAUUCUAAUGUCACAACAUGGUGUAGCUGAUCCUUGAUAUGGGAGUGCCAAUCAAUAAUAAAAUAUCAACCAAUGUUUUGAUAACUUGUUUCACAUAAUCAAGUAUACUUGGACAAAACAUGAUAUCGUUUGUAGAUUGUGUACAUGGAUGGAAUAAUAAGAAGGAAUAUAACGGAAAAUGACGUCAAAAAUGUUCUGGCGUAAUCAUCAUCUGUUACUCAUUUUCGUACAACUCAAUUAUUACUAGUAUAUUAAAAGCUAAUCCAUUGAAAUGCCCAUCUGAAAUUAGACAGUGAAAGUUGUAAAUCAUGUAUAACAAUAACAGAUCCAACUGUUCACUGUGUGACGUUGUCAUUUUAGGCCACUGGUGUUGAUUAGUCUCUACCAGACUUCGGGAAGCGGCUGCAAAGAGUAAAAAUAUUGACCAAAUAGACAAAUAAUAUGCCAGGGGAGUUGGUCCGCAUAUUAUCUGUCUAUUUUGCCGAAUUCUACUCUUUCCAGCCGCUUCCCGAAGCCUGAUAGAGGCUACCCUGGUGUAACUGAUCUGACGAUUUGUUAGGUGAUCGCCAAACGGAACUUAGGAUGUUCAGGGAAAGGAACUUAGGAUGAGGAGUGAGCUUCUAUCCAGAAUGACACAGUCGGCCAUACGAACAACUGUGUGCUGACAUUGACUACUAUAUGACUCAAUGUUAAUGCCAAUUAUGAUUAUAAGUAAAGUUUCAAAUGUCUACCUACCUGUGGAACAAAGCCUUGUUGUUGUA